GGGCGGGCGGGCGGGGAGACGAGGCCGGACACGAGGGUCUGGGUGAGGAAGGGGCCCGCAAGCAUGGGCUUCCUGCUGCCCUUCGACAACCUGGUGUGCAUCCUACUGGGCAUCUCGUUCACCGUCUGGAUCACGCUGCUGCUCGUCUUCAUCAUCGUGCCUGCCAUCUUCGGCGUGUCCUUCGGCAUCCGCAAGCUCUACAUGAAAACCCUGCUCAAAGUGUUUGAGUGGGCAACACUACGAAUAGAAAGGGGAGCCCGGGAGAGGAAGCACCUGAUCUACAAGAGUAACGCUAAUGGCAUUAUAGAGAAGGAGCCCACAUCUCUGGAGGAGGAAAUAAAGGAGAUGAGAAGGAGCGGGAGCAACAGAGCCCUGGACAGUCGGGAGUUUGAAAUGUCUGAUAUCUUCUACUUCUGCAGGAAGGGUGUCGAGACCAUUGUGGAUGACGAAGUAACAAAGCGAUUUUCCGCAGAGGAAUUAGAGUCUUGGAAUUUGAUGACAAGAACAAACAAUAACUUUCAAUACAUCAGUCUUCGUCUGACUAUUCUCUGGGGACUGGGUGUUUUUGUACGAUACUGCUUUCUACUUCCACUGAGGGUUACCUUGGCUUUCACUGGCAUUAGCUUGUUGGUGAUUGGAACAACCAUUGUGGGAUAUUUACCAAAUGGAUGGUUGAAGGACUUUCUGAGCAAGCAUGUACAUUUGAUGUGCUACAGGAUCUGUGUGAGAGCACUGACUGCCAUUAUACACUAUCAUGACAGUGAAAACAGGCCCAAAAAUGGAGGUAUAUGUGUUGCAAACCACACUUCUCCAAUUGAUGUCAUCAUUCUGGCCAGUGAUGGCUUCUAUGCUAUGGUUGGUCAGAUUCACGGUGGUCUGAUGGGAGUCAUUCAGCGAGCCAUGGUCAAGGCUUGUCCUCACAUCUGGUUUGAGAGAUCAGAAGUCAGAGAUCGCAUUCUAGUUGCAAGAAGGCUGAGUGAACAUGUAAGAGACCAGGUUAAACUUCCAAUUUUAAUAUUUCCUGAAGGAACUUGCAUCAACAAUACCUCUGUUAUGAUGUUCAAGAAGGGCAGCUUUGAAAUUGGAGCCACUGUCCACCCUGUUGCCAUCAAGUAUGAUCCUCUGUUUGGAGAAGCCUUCUGGAACAGCAGCAAGUAUGGAAUGGUGAACUACCUGCUGAGGAUGAUGACCAGCUGGGCGAUUGUCUGCAGUGUAUGGUACCUGCCGCCAAUGACACGCAAGGAAGGUGAAGCUGCAGUACAGUUUGCUAAUCGUGUGAAAGCUGCGAUUGCCAGACAAGGUGGUCUUGUAGAUUUACUGUGGGACGGCGGCCUGAAAAGGGAAAAGGUAAAGGACACGUACAAGGAGGAGCAGCAGAAACUGUACAGCAGGAUGAUCGUGGGGAGCCACAAAGACCGCAGCCGAUCGUGAAGCCACCGCUGGGUGACUCAUUCCACUGCCAGGCCAGAUGUCGAGUGGCACGUCCUUGGCUGGGCUUCCGGCCCACACUAAACUAACGGGCAAGAGGCUCCCCAAGUACUUUGCUUUCCGUCUUAUCGAGGAAUUUAAAUCUUAUCAUCAUGCAGUGGAAAGAAACCCGCUGAGACCGGACUGUCUGUCUGUAUCAGGAAGCGGACUUGGAAAAUGUCUAUUAACAAUGUGUCUAUGAUUGGGGUUGGGGUAGAGUAAUAAACAUGACGUAGAUCGACCAAGGAUGGAAGGGAUUGUGCGGCUGGCGCAGGUUUGGCCAAGCCCAUUUUCUGACCAGUUGGGACAGGUAGCCAUAGCUUUGUAUUUUAGCGCACAGGGUCUCGGAGGCAUUUCAGUUGAGGAGGGCAGGUGAAGGGACACAAAUACUAAACCUUUGGAUGGUUGGUAGAAGAGGUGUGUUGAUGGAGACUCUAUGCACAUGUACUCAUUGUAGUUUGACACCUGUUUUAACAUAUGUACUUGCAUGCCAUUACUUAUUUUUACCCUUUUUAAAAAAAAAUGAUGCGGACCUGCCUUUUUCAUUAUAACCAGAAAGAGUAGUGUUGCCUCUCCCCCCACAGUUGCCUUGACUGCAAACAGGUGUGAUGGAAACUGGUUUUUGUGUUGAGCUUGCUUUGUUCCUUCAGAAGACAAAGGAAAUUCUGCCGUAUAACAAAGAGAGUCCCCUGUAAACACGCUUCAGUCCUGUCCCUGAUGCUUUCCCCUCGGCAGCUGAUCCUGUCAUUCUAUUUCACAGUGUGAGGACCCAAGUGUCUGGGUGGGUUUUUGAAAUAUCACCUCGUGCAAAAGAUUUUCAAUUCAAGGCCGGCAGUGAUUUGUGUCCGUCUCCCACUCAAACUUUGGAAGCAGUCUUGGAAUCUUUGACAUGAACCAGUCUUCCGUGUUAUUACUAGCAAGGCCAGUGCUUUCACUGCGUCAUCAAGUGCUUCAAGUCAGUCUGUGAAUCAAACUGGACAAAUGUCAGCGUAAGUCAUGGUGGGAUCUUGGGAGGAGUUAGCGUUCAGCCAUUCAAAUUUAGAUAAGAAGGCUUGGGCAUUUCUGUCUGAUUUCAUGGACCUAUGCUGCGUUGAGCUGUUAGAUUUGACCAUAGUUUUUCUCACAAAAUACCAUGUGGAUAGCUUAGUGCACAGUGGUGGAUGUGUUCAUUGGUGUUCUGUGCUGAGCACUCUUCCCACAAAUCUUGUGGCUUGUGCUUCUGUGUUGGGUGUGGUGUAGAGAUGACCUGCCCUCACUAUAUGGAGGACAUCUACCAAUUAUGCUGCAGUCAGGAUGGGCAAAACUGGACUCAACUGAACCUUAUAUCCUCUUGUGGCAGAAGCUAGAAUAGGCAAUCAUCAUUUAAAAAUAAGGGGUUGCCCAUUUAAGAAAAAGAUGAGGUGAUUUGUUUUCCUCUCUCAAAGGUUCUUGAGGCUUUGGAACUUUCAUCCUCAAAAGGUGAUGGAACAUGUAUUUGAAUGUUUCUAAGGCCAAGGUAGAGAGCAAGAGGAUCAAAGCUGACAGUUCCACGGCAGGAAGAGGCUAUAAUCCGAACAGCCAUGAUCUUAUGGAAUGCUGGACCGGGCUUGAUGGGCUGAAUGGCCUACUGCUCCCAAUUCAUAUGUUCUUAAGUCGGAUACAUGUUCAAAUGCAGGUCUAUCAGUGGCAUUACUAGCAGGGACCUGGUGGAGAAUAUUCAAACACACUGUGCUUGCUUCACAUGUGGUGAUCUUCAAGUCAUGUUAAGUGUGGCCGUAACGAUGGGUGAGGGGUGUGGAGAAGAACGUUCUCACCCUGGGUUUGGUUGUGUCCCAGGACACCUGAGUGUUGAAUGGACACAAGGAUUCCAGGACAAUGUACGCUGUUACUGUGCCACAUGGCACAUGCUCAAGGGUCAAGGUGGAGGAGGUUAGGAUGAGCGCUGAAAGAUGAGCAGAUAUUACUGAUAGAUCCUUGGGAUAGUGAUUAUCGAGGACAAUGUGCUCAGAUAGCCCCGUUUUGUCUUGGACUGGUUCCAGCUGAUCACCAACUAGGUGGAGGCAAGAUUGCUAAUUGCUUUGCUUUUCUAUCAUCAUUUUAACACCCAUUUGAAUCUGAAUUUCUGCAACAAUCCAGUUUAUAGUUGAGUUGGGACUUGUUGAAUGGAGUUUCACUGACGGAUAAAAUGGGAUUAGUGUUAAUGAGCUUCAUUUCCAACCCACAAUUGUAAACACCAGGCCACUGAAGAUGGACAAAAGAACGAGAAGAAGGGGAAAGGAGAAAAUUAUUGAUGAAAAGAAAAAUCCAGAAUUUGACAAAAUACAAAUGAUGUGAGUUGGGGAAAUUCAUGUGAUGUGGAAUUUUAAGUUCAGUUCAGACCAGACAGGAAAGUGAGAACCCAAAAUAAUGUGUUUGGAUGCUUUGUUUCUUACUGUACCUAUUCAUCAUGGAAGUAAAUAGAUGAUAUUUCAACCCCCAUAAUUAUUUAAUGUUAACUUAAAGCCAUGAAUCAUGUUUGACAUAAACAUCAUAGGCCACAGGGCCCGUUCCUGUUUUAUGUGGGGUGACACAGUUGGCCUUUCAGUGCUUUGCUCAAUUGUCAGUUUCUGAUCACAUCCAGGAGAGUGAUCCCAGCAGGAUUUUUGAAUGAAUUCAUGCACAGUGCUGCGCUCAAUUCUACAAGCCCAUUUGAACCGAGUGAAAGAAUUUCAUGAAGGGAGCUAGUUCAGGGCACUACCAUUCUAGUGCAAUAUCUCCUCAUUUCCCACUGCGUACUGCAAGAAAUAUGGGAACAUAAAUGAGAAUGAACUAUUUCACCAAGGCAACAGUGGAGCUGCAGCCUAGUCGUUCAGCUCGUGUCCUGAGGUGGCUGUGUGGGGACAAGGAAGGCCAGCUGAGUGAUGUAACUGUAAAUACAAGUUUAUCAUUGAACAUUGUAAUAAAGGGAAUGGGUGAUUCUUAAAUGUCUUUGGAGUUACGUUGACGGGAUGAGGAGGCAAGAGGAGUAAUCUUUUGCUGGUGUACAAACUUGAACAGAUUGUAAUGUAGGAUGAAAAAUAUGUUGCAAUUUGAACUGCAUCUUUUUGUUUAAGAUAUAUCUUGUGCAUAUGUGAAUUCUUUACCUGUUUCUAUCCAAACCAUAGGUUCGAACAGAUAAAGGAAGAUGAUGGAGGAACACACAGUGGUGUGACUUCUCUUUAUUUCAUGUAACGGUUCUCUGUUCCUAUCAAGUUCGGAGUUUAGAAGAUUGCACCACCAAGCUAGCUAUCCUUCCAGGAGUUUAAUACAAUCAACAGAUAUUGUUUGUGUAUUCAAAUGACAAGAAAGCUGUAUAUGUUCAUCCAGCUCUUGUACACCCCCACGGCCCUUGAUACGGAGGCAUCCAUUAGACACGCAUCACAAAGACCUCAUACACCCUGACACACUAUGUGAGCAGUAUUUGGCACCCUGUUAUCUAGCACCUCUUUCACUUCUCCUUGGGCGGUUUUAAUCUUCGGGUUCCAACUUAAAGUUUCCUCUAAACAGCCCAUUUGAUAGAAAAGUUAAAAGACUGCAGCUCCUGAAUAUCCACCAGAAGAAACACAAUUCUCAGCAAAUCAGGCAGCAUCUGUGGGGAGAAAUAUUGUUAACAUUUCAAGUCAACGGUCUUUCAUCACAACAGUAAGCAGAUUUAACAGAAUAAAAGGAUGUACGUUUAGAAAGGAGAUGAGGAUGAAUUUCUUUAGUCAGAGGGUGGUGAAUCUGUGGAAUUCAUUGACACAGACAGCUGUGUUGGCCAAGUCAAUGGAUAUUUUUAUGGUGGAGAUUGUCAGAUUAGUACGGGUGUGAGGGGUUACGAGGAGAAGGCAGGGGAAUGGGGUUGAGAGGGGAAGAUAGAUCAGCCAUGAUUGAAUGGCGGAGUAGACUUAAUGGUCUAAAUAUGCUCGUAGAACUUAAUAACUUCACACCUUAAAUGUUAACUGUUUUCUCCCUUCACAGAUGCUCCUGGACUGCUGAAUAUCACCCCAAGUCUAACUAAUAUUAAUUAUGCCAUCCACUUCUUCAAUAGUUCAGUGGUACUUUAUUGUUACUGGUACUGAGGUACAUUGAAAUUCAUUGUUGUAUACAGUUCAGUACAAGUAUCACUAUACAUAUUUGGUUCUGACCGUAGCAAACACCAAUGCCUGGUUUGUGACUUCAAUUCAUCAACUCAUCAGCCCGCACUGUUCCUUAAGUGAUCUACCUAUGCUCUUUGCUGCUCUGGCCCUAUAAAAAUCUUAGUUUUGAAAUAACAUACCUUUCUUAUUUUUCUUGCCAAAAUAUAUAUUCCCAGCUCUAAGCUCUAAUUGUCCUCCAAACCAUUAACAACCUCUCACUUAGGUUUCAGUGCAAAAUUAGGAAACGUUUGAUUUCAAGCCUAAAUGGUUAGUAUACUGUAAAUUGUGAAGCCUAGUUCUCACUAGCAUGUCAGAAAUGGAGGCAGGAAUACACAGUUUAAUAUAGGGGCUGACUUUCACCUCAACUCCACUUUCCUGUACUGACCUCGUAUCAUUUAUUCCCUUAAUAUCCAAAAACCACCUUGCCUCACUCUUCAGCUGCUGCCCUGCCACCAGGAUUAGUCAGCUAAUGUACAGUGUAUCACAGCUGAAAAUCUGAAGCAUGAACAGAAACUGUUCAACGUCUGUGGAGAGAAACCCAGUGAAUGUUUGUGCCAAAUGAUUCAACUUGUCAUUGGCCUGUGACUCUGUUUUUAUUUCCACGGUUGUUGCAGGAGUAGAAUAAUAUUGUUAGCAUUUACAGUUUUUGAUUUGCCUCUUCAACUUGGAACACAGAACAGCACAGCACACGGACAGGCCCUUCGGCCCACAAUGUCCAUGCCGACCAUGAAAUUAAUCUCUGUCUGCACAUGAUCCAUCUCCCUCCAAAGAUAGACACAAAAUGCUGGAGUAACUCAGCGGGACAGGCAGCAUCUCUGUUGAGAAGGAAUCGGUAAUGUUUCAGAUCAAAACCCUUCAUCAGACUCAUUUAUCCCUCCAUUCCCUACAUAUCAAUGUGCAUAUCUAAUCGCCCCUUAAACACCACUACUGUAUCUGCCACCACCCCCUGGCAGCGUGUUCCAGGCACCCACCACCGCCUGUGUAAACAAGACUUGCCCCACACAUCUCCUUUAAACUUUGCCCCUCUCACGUUAAAGGCAUACCCUCUAGCCUUUGACAUUGCCAUGCUGGGUAAAAGGUUCAUACUGUCUACCCUAUCUAUGCCUUCUCACCUUAAAGCCAUGCCCUCUGCUUAGAACCAAAGCACAAUGAAGAUCUGUAGAAACACAAAAAGGGGAAAUGGAUUGCUGAAUAAAUGCAACUAUUAAAACACAGGAUGCUGACCUGUACAACACAUGGAGCUGCUGGCUCACACCUCCAGGUUCCAUCCUGACCUUGGAUGCUGUCUGUGUGGAGUCUGCAUGUUCUCCCUGUAUAGUCUAUGGGUUUCUCCCAGAUGGUCCAGUUUCUUCCCACAUCCAAAGAUCAUAAAGAUGUGAGGUUUGUAGGUUAAUUGGCCAGGUGUGCAGAUGUGUGGUAGAACCCGGGGCGUGUUGAUGCAAACAUGAGAAGAAUAAAAUGGACUUGGUGUAAAUGUGUGUGUUGAUGGUCUGCACAGACUCUGGACUGAAAGGCUUGUUUCCAUACUGUAUGAGAACUGUUGUAACAUCUAAUCAGGCCUAUCAUAUCUCUGUAGAUAGGAAAUUGAAUGACUGUUAUAUGUACCAGAAAGUUGAAUGCAAAUUUGACGUAUGUAUCCUUGUGGACAUUCCAUUGUACGCUGCUAUCGGGCAUGGAUUAUGAAGCAGAAGUGUUCCAUGCUGUCUCCAGGGCAUGGCUAGGU